AGAACGAUUCAGAAGAAAUAAAAAAAGAGGCUAUGUUCAGCUUCUUCCGAAAAAGUCAAGAUUCAAAGAAGGUUACUGUGCCAGAGAGAGAAGCAGAUGGAUUUGUUAUUGUGGGCAGAACUAUUAUGCUGAAAAGGGAAAAGAGGCUUAUGAAAUACGCACAACACAUGCAAUUGGUUUUGAAAAAAUUUGAACUGAAGCAGUGUGAAGGAGCAGCAAGUGCUGGUGGCUCCACCAGGCAGGUGAGCCUGCAGCCGAGCGAGGGUGCCAAGAGAGCAGAGGCUUGGGCAGAGACCUCACUGAUGAGUGGUGUAGACCCACGCUAUCUGAACAGGGACAACAGAGCAGGUGUGGUGAUGAUGACUGGGAUAAAUACAGGGCACCAAUCGCAGUUGACUGUAUCAAGUGCAGAGGUGGGAAAUGAAAGGAGUCAAAAUUUGGAAAGCAGCCCUUUCAUGUCAGAUCUUCUGAAUGACGUACCCUUUGCCCUAGCACCACAUGUGUUAGCAGUACAGGGCACCCACAGUGAUGUUCCUGACCGAUUGCUCACCUACGACAUCAAUGAUAAUUUAUCAAGAUUUUGGUAUGACUUUACACUCGAAAAUUCAGUGCUUUGUGAUCUGUAA